AUCUCAAUUUUUCUCGAGAAGAAGAGACUCUGCAGUUUUCUUUUUUCGAGAAGAAUGUCUACGAGCAAUAAAGGAACCGUCUUGGCUCUGAUUCUAGCGUUGACCAUGGUGGUGGUCAACGGUGUUUCACCGAGAUUCUUCGUGGAGAAGAGUAGCUUGACGGUCCUUAACUCUUGGAAAAUGGGAGCUAAGCACGACGCGGCCAUCGCAAACUUUGGCAUUCCAAACUUCGGUGGUUUCAUGAUCGGCUCUGUCGUCUACGCAGGCCAAGGCGCUAAAGGAUGCGACUCUUUCAACAAAACCUUCACUCCCAAGUCUCCUUAUCCCACCAUCCUCCUCAUUGAUCGUGGAGUGUGUAACUUUGCUUUGAAGAUAUGGAAUGGGCAACAAUCCGGCGCAGCGGCUGUUCUUUUAGCAGAUAACAUUGUUGAGCCGUUGAUAACAAUGGAUUCACCAGAGGAAUCCCAAGAUGAAGAUCCUGAUUUUAUAGACAAAAUCAAGAUCCCAUCGGCUUUGAUCCUUCGCUCUUUCGGUGAUAGCCUCAAGAAUGCUCUUAAAAGAGGUGAGGAAGUAAUCUUGAAGAUAGACUGGAGUGAGUCUAUACCAAACCCUGAUGACAGAGUUGAGUAUGAGCUAUGGGCUAACACUAAUGAUGAAUGUGGUGUACACUGCGAUAAACAGAUAGAUUUCAUAAAGAACUUUAAGGGAACGGCUCAGAUUCUUGAAAAAGGUGGUUAUACUUUGUUCAGACCUCAUUACAUUGCUUGGUUUUGUCCCAAAGAGAUGCUGCUUAGCAAGCAGUGUAAGACUCAGUGUAUAAACCAAGGGAGGUAUUGUGCUCCUGACCCUAAGCAAGACUUUGAAGAUGGAUAUAAUGGGAAAGACGUCGUUUAUGAGAAUCUAAGACAGUUAUGUGUUCAUAAAGUAGCUAAGGAGAAGAACACUUCUUGGGUUUGGUGGGAUUAUGUGACAGAUUUUAACAUCAGGUGUUCUAUGAAGGAGAAGAAAUACAGCAGAGAAUGCGCAGAGACUGUCGUGGAAUCUCUCGGGUUGUCUCUUGAAAAGAUCAAGAAAUGCAUUGGUGAUCCUGAUGCUGAUGUAGAGAAUGAAGUUCUAAAAGCCGAGCAAGCUUUUCAGUUAGGCCAAGAGCAUCGUGGGGUUGUUACAAUCUUUCCAACAUUGAUGAUCAACAAUGCUCAAUAUCGCGGUAAACUGGAGAGAACUGCGGUGCUGAAGGCUAUAUGUUCAGGAUUCAAGGAAAGAACCGAACCUUCAAUAUGUUUGAAUGCAGAUAUAGAGACCAAUGAAUGUCUUAUAGAAAAUGGAGGAUGUUGGCAAGACAAAAGAUCGAAUGUAACGGCUUGCAAGCUUAUGGACCUGCUAGAUGUUCAUCGAACAAUGGAGGCUGCUGGUCUGAAACCAGAACGGAACUCAGAGACAUCAGGAUGUCGUUGUCCUCUAGGCUUCCGUGGAGAUGGUCUGAAAUGUGAAGACAUCAAUGAAUGCAAAGAGAGGUCAGCUUGUCAAUGUGAUGACUGCAAAUGCAAGAACAAUUGGGGAGGAUAUGAAUGCAAAUGUUCUAACAAUAGUAUCUAUAUGAAAGAAGAAGACACUUGUAUUGAGAGAAGAAGUGGAUCAAGAAGCAGAUGGUUGUUCACAAUUGUGGUUCUAACCGCCAUCGCGGGUAUUUCUUUAGGUGCUUAUAUAUUCUACAAGUACCAUCUUCAGUCUUACAUGGAUUCAGAGAUCGUGUCCAUUAUGUCUCAGUACAUACCACUCGAUAGCCAAAUCAUUAACCAAGACUCUUAAGUAAAUAAGAACUCUGCUUUGUCUUUUAUGAAGAUUGUUGAAUCUUUGGUUGUAUCAUAGGGGGUCUUUUUGUAAAGAAUCAAAAUUUUGAUGCGUUAAUUUAAUGUUUUGAAAGUUUUAUGCAAAAAGAAUAAAUUAUUGCUUUCAUU